AGAGCAUCACCUUCUCCCGCAGAGACAAAAGAAAAGGCCAAAAAGCUUCGCUUCCAAGCUUCACCUUCUCUCUCUCCCGUCGGAAUCCAUGGACACCGCCGGCUCCGGCGGCAAGCCGGAGAAGCAGACGACCGCGCUCUCCAGCUACUUCCUCUUCAAUGUGGUGCUGACGGCCAUCCGACUGCUCGAGCUCGGGUUGGCUCUCUUCUUCCUCCUCCGCGUCUCCACCCGCGUCCCGUUCGCCGUGCGGCUCUCCUGCGAGUACUCCUUCCUCCUCCUCGGCUUCGUCGCCCGUCCGCUGUUCCGCUUCGCCCUCUGCAACGCCAUCAUCGUCGCCCUCCUGGCCAAGCCCGGCGGGUCCUGCGCCCGCGGGCCGGCCGCCGGCGGCGGCGGCGCGGUCGAGGAGCUGUACGAGGAGAUCGUCAAGAUCAGCGAGAGCCGGGCCAGGCCCGUGCUCCCGCCGGCUCGCGAGGCGGAGGAGGUCGUGUACGAGGACAAGGCGAUCAUCAGCGAAGUCGGCACGGCCGCCCGAGCUCGGGGCGGCGGCGGGGGGGCCGUCGAUCUCGAGGAAGAGGCCGCCGCCGCGGCGGACGAGGAGGAGGAGUGCUGCCGCGGCGGUCACCGGCCGCCGGAGGCGGAGAAGAGGCCGAGGGCGGCGGGAUCCUGCGGCGGCGGCGGCGGCGGAGAUGAGGAGAUGAGCAACGAGGAGUUCCAGCGGGCGAUCGAGGCGUUCAUCGCGAAGCAGCUGAGGUUCCGGCGGGAGGAGACGCUGGCCAUCGUGCUCCCGGAGCCGCGCUGAUCCCGGGCGCCAAAAACCGAUUUCAAAUUUUCUGUUGCGCACAGUGUAGAGAGAGAGAGAGAGAGAGAGAGAGAGAGAAAGCAGGAGGAAGAAGUCUCUGGAAUCGGGGAUUUCUCGUUUUUCUUUUCAGUUGAAUGCCCCGCGUGUACAGUCAAAGAUCAGAGCUUGCUGAUGAGUUUCAAGAUUUGCUCAGUUCAUUAA